CGAAGCUCUGCAGCGAUGUGAGGUGUGCACAUUCGGUCGAGCAGAGAAACGAGAGGAAUACUGCGAGGGAGAAAGAAGGAGUCAAAGGGAGAGAUUGAGAAUACGGUCAAACACACAAGAGCAUCAUGGCACCCAUAGGACUCAAGGCGGUGGUUGGUGAAAAGAUUAUGAAUGAUGUCAUCAAGAAGGUGAAGAAGAAGGGGGAAUGGAAGGCGCUGAUUGUGGACCAGCUGAGCAUGAGGAUGCUGUCCUCCUGCUGCAAGAUGACAGACAUCAUGUCAGAUGGCAUCACCAUUGUGGAGGACAUAAACAAGCGGCGAGAGCCUCUUCCCACCCUGGAAGCCAUUUACCUCAUUACCCCCACGGACAAGUCUGUGCAGACCCUGAUUGGAGAUUUCAAAGACCCCCAUUCAGCCAAAUACAAAGCAGCCCACGUCUUCUUCACUGACUCCUGCCCGGACCCACUGUUCAACGAGUUAGUAAAGAGCCGUGCCUCCAAAUCCAUCAAGACCCUGACUGAGAUCAACAUCGCCUUCCUGCCCUACGAAUCACAGGUGUACUCUUUGGACAACCCGGAUGCCUUCCAGAGUUUCUACAGCCCCCAUAAGACCCAGCUGAAGAACCCAGUGAUGGAGAGGCUGGCAGACCAGCUGGCCACCUUGUGUGCCACCCUGAAGGAGUACCCCGCUGUUAGAUACCGAGGUGAGUACAAAGACAAUGCCACCCUGGCCCAGCUGUUGCAGGACAAACUGGAUGCCUACAAGGCUGAUGACCCCACCAUGGGAGAGGGUCCUGAUAAGGCUCGUUCUCAGCUGAUCAUCCUGGACAGGGCUUUUGACCCCGUCUCCCCCGUCCUGCAUGAGCUCACCUUCCAGGCCAUGGGCUACGACCUGCUGCCCAUCGAAAACGACGUCUACAGAUAUGAUUCCCCUGGGAUGGGAGACACUUCUCAGAAGGAGGUCCUGCUGCAUGAGGAUGAUGACCUGUGGGUGGGGCUCAGACACAAACAUAUCGCUGAGGUGUCCACGGAGGUGACACGCCAACUGAAGGACUUUUCUGCUAGCAAGAGGAUGAACACUGCUGGAGAGAAGACCACCAUGAGGGACCUCUCUCAGAUGCUGAAGAAGAUGCCCCAGUACCAGAAGGAGCUGAGCAAGUACUCCACUCACCUGCAGCUGGCUGAGGACUGCAUGAAGCACUACCAGGGCACAGUGGACAAGUUGUGUCGUGUGGAGCAGGACCUGGCCAUGGGUACAGACGCUGAGGGGGAGAAGAUCAAGGACCCCAUGAGGGCCAUCGUUCCCAUCCUGCUGGAUGCCAAUGUCACCACGCACGACAAGAUCCGCAUCAUCCUCCUUUACAUCUUCCUCAAGAACGGCAUCACGGAGGAGAACCUGAACAAGCUCAUCCAGCAUGCUCAGAUCCCACCUGAGGACAGUGAGAUCAUCACCAACAUGGCCCACCUGGGCGUGCCCAUCAUCACAGAUUCCACCCUUCGCAGGGGAAAGAAGCUGGACAGGAAGGAACGUGUGAGUGCGCAGACCUAUCAGCUGUCCCGCUGGACACCACUGGUCAAGGACAUCAUGGAGGAUGUUAUUGAAGAUAAGCUGGACACCAAGCACUACCCUUACAUAUCUACCCGCUCCUCUGCCUCCUUCAGCAGCACUGCAGUCAGUGCCCGUUAUGGCCACUGGCACAAGAAUAAGACCCCAGGCGAGUACCGCACCGGGCCGCGCGUCAUGGUCUUCAUCAUCGGAGGCGCGUCCUUCAGCGAGAUGCGCUCAGCCUACGAGGUCACGCAGGCCAAUGGGAAGUGGGAGGCUAUCAUUGGAUCAACCCACGUCUUUACCCCCACCGCCCUCCUGGAACAGCUCAAGACCAUGAACAAACCAGACGAGGAACCAGCAAGCUAAAAUCACCCAGCCCCAUCUAUCUAUCUCCUUUCCUCUACCCUACACAUCCCCCAGUCACCCUCCCCAAAAUCCUUCAUGAAUUGUGAAAGCAUCUCAUCUUGCACGAGAAGAAUAAAAAUAUAAAACAAUGAUAGCAUUGGUGAAAAAAAUAUAUGUUGAAACAGAAAUAAAAUCAUGUUGCAAGUAUUCUCAUGUUUUACAAUGGAUGCAAAUAAUGGAACUUAUUUAAAAAAGGUUUAAAUAUCAACUAAGGUCAUUUGAAACUGAAAGUACCAAAUGUAAUAUUGUAUGCUAUGAAACCUGCUAGAAUGUGUAAAACGUAGAGGUUUUCUCUGUUCCCUCAGUUUAUCUUAUUGGUGUGAUUUUUAUUGGUAGUGGGUGGAGGAGGGAUGGCUUACUGGAGUUGGUUGGCACUAGGAAAGUCAAUGCAGUAAGAUCAUAUCACUCAACAUGCAAUAUAACUCAUCCCUGUCCUAUUAGGGGGGAGAAUCCGAGCUGGUCAAGACAUUUGUAUCAGGAGCAUACAGGGAUGGAACCUAAGGAUUUGGGCACUGACCAGCCAGGCUAGUAGACCGCAAUUUUUACUAGUCCAAAAUCUGUGCCAUGCGAUAUUUGAAAAUACAACAUUUCACUAGCCGUUGGACUAGUUGGGCACAUUUUCUACUAGCCCGGUCUGAAAAGUACUAGCCAUAGGCUAGCAGGCUAGCUUAAUUUCCAUCCCUGGUAGCAUGCCUGAACAUUGUGUGGACUGUUACUGUAUAUCCUUUAGUAUGGCAAUACUGAGACCAAGCAACACAAGAGAUCCUUUAAUCACAGUGCUAUCUGUGAGUUAGACAGUAACAAACAGCCAAACUGACCCUAGGUCUGAGGAUAGAGAAAAACGGGACUCUGUAAAUAGCUACAGAAUGGUAGAAGCAUCCUUCCUCCAGCCAUAAGACAAGAAGUAUUUACUCACCACAUUCUUUUCCUUUUCUCUGGAGAGAUUUCACGGUUGAGUGUCAAAAGGCCAUUGCUUGCAGAUGUUUAAAGAAUAAUCAUAAAGGGCCGAUUUGUAUUUCAGUAUUGUAUCCUGUCACAUUGUAAGUCUUAUCAUUGGUUAGUAUCAAAAUGUUUAACCGGGUCAUGCACUGAGUAGUAUGUUGUGUAUAUGCCAUAUGUUGAUGUUUUAGUGUCUCACUCUUGACUGGUGAUGUUUCUGACUGUGAAGUAGUAAAAGAUUUCCUUUAAAAAAUGCCAAUGUGAAGUCAUGUGUUGGUGAUGUUUUAGCUGUAGCUGUAGUGGUCAACUGGGAAAAGAACUAAUAUCUAUAUUUUGUUUGUCUGUCCGUUAGUUUUAUCUUCUGGUACAUUUUAACUCUUCCAAUGGUGAAUGGCUUUGCAAAGAAAAUGUAACCCCAAUAUUUCGAACAUUUUAUUUCUCCAUUUUUCCUCUCUAUUUCCUGGCAAAACAGGUUGUAUAUUGAUAGCACUAUGCGUUUUCUGUUAUGCCAACAAUUUAUUUCAUUUUUUCUAUUAUCAGUUGCUGUUGUAAAGGGUUCACUGUCUAUUCAAUUAAUUUAUAUCCAAGUUAUUUGUCAGAGGGAAGAAAUAUUAAUAAUUGAAACAUAAGUCUGUCCUAAACCGGUUUAACUUAUUGGGAUUCUAUAUUUGCAAGUGUUGAAGCACAAACAAAAGUAUACUUCAUGUGUACCAAUGUACUAAGGCUGUCUAAUAAAUUGGCUUCCAUUACAA